AUGCUCUUUCUCAAUUUCGUAAGGUACAGCGUGUCCUUCUAAGCUGGUUUCUAGCACCCAUUUAGCUCUGUCCUAUUGGUGCUUCUCUUAUUUUUUAUUAUUAAUUUCUUCUUCUUUUCCAUGUUCACAUUCACACCAUACAUUUAACAUACUCUUAUACCACUUCCCUCAGAGUUUGAUAAACGUGAUGUGAGUUGUUCAGAGAUGCCUCAUAGGGCUACAGUUCCAAGGACCAGGACUGUAGUAUUGUCACCAGUAUUUUUGCUGCUCAUGGCAGCCAUUUUGUGUUGCCACCCAUGGCAUAUAUUUUUUUUCAAAAUAUGAGUACCAGCACCUCGUUCCCCCUUUCCCCCAAAAUCACUUUGGGGGGGGUGAAACCCCUAAAAACGAUGUUACUUUUUUUCUGUAUGCCACAACAGCUGUGAGAAUAUUGUUAGCGAAGAAUUGGAAGAAACAAGAUUUACCAACUAUUGAAGAAUGGCAGAUGAAGAUGGUGGACUAUAUGGAACUUGCCGAACUGACCGGGAGACUCCGUGACCAGAGAGAAGAGACGGUGGAAGAAGACUGGAAGAAGUUUAAGGAAUAUUUGAAAAAAUAUGUUAAUAUUUAAACCUUAGAAUAGCUUUGGAAGUGGAUAUAGGCUGUAGGGUUAGAAGCAGAAGAUAGGGUAUUUUAAAAUAGUAUUAUUUGUAAGUGAUAAAAUGUGAAGUUAUUUUAAGUGUGAUUUUAAAAAAAAAGAUGGUUAGAAAUUAUGAUAUAUGUAAACUGCUAAAGAUGAAGUAAAAUGAAAAUCCGAUAGGUGGGACUUGGGGAAGCCCACUUAACAAUGUUUAGAAAAAAUAAGGAUAUGACAAGUAUUGUUUGUCUUUUCUGUUUGUGUUUUUUUAUUUGUGUUAUAAAAUGAAUAAAAAAUGGGGGGGACACACACACACAAAAUCACUUUGAGGGAAUCCGUGACUGCUAAGGUCAUAUGAGAGUGAUGCUCUUGUGACCUAUAUUUACUUUUCAAAAGAAGAGUGUAACCCUUAAUCUUAGUAACGCCAGCACUUCAUUGAACAAUGUUCUUUUCUGUUCACAGGCUAGAAAUACAAAUAGCUCUCCGAAGGGUUGCGCCAUUGUGUGGUGUAUAAACAAAUAAUAACCCGGUAACGGUAAUGUGGCAUUGGUGUAUGUUUUACCUCAGAUGAAAAAACUGGGCCCAAAUAAUUUGUAAGGAGAUACGUCCAUGGAAAAAGUGAGGUCUGCAACGGAAAUAUCGAGACCAUGCCCAGAUCUGUGUGCUUGAUUUAUUGCAUUGCCGCUCCUAUAGUAAAUCUGCAACUCUUCCCAUGAAACUUCAUCCCUCCAGCCUGUAACCUUCAAGCCCAGGUGAGCAUCUAAUAAUCCAACAUUCUCCCCUUUUCCCCUUCUUUAAAACGAAUUAAAACUUAUCAUUAAGCAAUAGAGCGUGUGUGAGAGAGAGGAGAAGAAAUCUAGAUUUGAGCAAGGUUCAAUUACGAAUCAAAUGAGCUCCUCGGAAUUGGCAGACGAGCCAAUAGCUUUCUUCCCACCCCAAUUUAUGACUCUCUAAAUCCUUUGUUGCUAUUAUUAUUUUUAACAUUGCCCUCUGCAGACAACGUGGUGAAAACUAUGGGGCUACCAGGUCUAGGGAGGAGCAAAUGGCUUGACGGUCGUAAGCUUGAUAUGUCUGAAAAGAGACAGCUUAGGCUUCCAUGGUGAAGAGAAAGGCAUUGAGGGAUGCACUCAUUUCUAAUGUUUAUAAAUAGGUAUUGAGCCACUAAUGCACAGUAAAUACCUACAUUCAUUUUUUAAAGUUUCCUCAAGAACAGUAAGUAGAUCAAUUAGAGAGGACUACAAGUUCAGCAUCUUUCCAUGUACCAUUAGUUGUUUAGUUAAGCAGCAGACAGUCCCUACACUAUCUUUAAUCUCUCUCUGGUGCGUCCCACCCCCCUUCCGCUUCCCCCUUUUCUUUUUCUCCUCUCUUCCCAAUCCAGGAACUCCUCUCAUUAAAACUAACUCUUCUGAAAUAUGCAACACUGGCUAGCUAGCCUCACUUACUAAUGGCCUCAAAUUGAUUCUUAAUUACUUGCGAUUUUGGAUGGCAUCCAAUUAAAAUAGCUGAAGUUUCCGGUCUAAUGUGUAUUGCUAUGCUCUCUCGUAAGCAAUGGCUGCUAUGCAAAAACCCUUCAGAAUUAAAAUCAUACCUCGUCGUUGGGGCUUUUUUUUUUUUUUUUUUUUGUAGGGGAAAAACCUUCCUGUGACAAUUUAUCAUCAGGCUAUAAAGGAAGGCAGCCCAACACUGCGAGGAGGGGGGGGGGGGGCAGAAUUACAUUUGUGCAGUGGCUCUGCUUAAGAAAAAGAAGGAACAGAUGAUACUAAUUCAGAAGACGAGCAGGAAAUCCUUUCAAUAAUUCACUGCAUCUUUCCCAUAGAACCGUGCGUGCUAUAUAUUUUCUAGGCUCCUGCUUGGGCUCUAGGGUGCUAAAGAUUUCAUUUUCAUGUUGGGUUUUCUCCCAUAUACACACAGAGAGAUAAAUGAGGAGCUGCAACGAGAGGCAUUAUCUUUCUGAUUAUAAGAGAAAUCAGAAUAGAGGUGCUGGUUUGUGUGUUGAGUUUAAUAAUAAAAAGGCAGGGUGUCAGAACAUGAAGAUCGUGCAGGGGACUGUUAGGUGAUAGCGGUGUGGGUCACAUGACUAGCUUUUGUAUUCAGCAUCAAUAAUUCACUGCCUGCAUGUGGGAAUUGAUCCCAGCCAGGAUAUCCCCAGAGGAGCUUACACACUGAAGCUGAAGUCACACUCUUUCCCUUUCUUUUUUUAUCUGCAGAUUAACAUAGCCGGAUCAAAAGCCUUUGUCUCUUGCAAACAUCUUUUGCCCCAACAUUUGCACCCAGGAAAAAAAGAAAGAAGGAAAGGCUCUGUGUUUAUUUGGGUAAUGAAUUGCAGUAAUUAAUGCACACAUUGAUUCCGAUCCCAACUUUCCCCCUUAAAGGUCAUUUCCAUAUUUAAUUUAUAGAAACCGCACACAAUUCCUUUUCAACAGAGCACAGCCCAGAAUUCAAGAAAAAAAUAUCCGGUGCCUGCUCUGUGGAAAGAUGAGCGAGCGAUGAGGGCAAGGGGUGAAUUUCAUCUCAUAUUAAAAAGAGGCUGAACUGCAAUGAUUAGAAAAAAUCAUAUUUGCUGUUUAGAGGGAGGAGCUAACAAUGGAGGCUGUAACUCAAUCUGCUAAAGAAAAUAAUCUCACUAACUUUAUGAAGAUAUAUUGGAUUUCUACAAAUGCUGGGAUUGGUUCCUGAUAUCAGGACGCCAUUUAGGGAAUUUUACUAUGAAUCUUGUGGUAAUUUUAAACUUUUUGUGUGUGUUAUCAAAACAAUAGCAAGCAUAUUACGUCCCACUGAUUUCAGGUGGAGCAUUAAAUGCAUGCUUAAUGCUGAUACAAGUUUACCUGGGUGUAAGCUUCAUUUAAUGUAGUGAGACUUACUUUUGAGUAAGAAUGUAUAGGCUUGUGAUGUAUAUCUCUUCCCCUGAAAUUAAUGCGACUAAGACUGCAAUCCUAUACACAAAUACCAUAAUGUACUUUGAACAGGAUAGGACUUACCUCUGAGUAUAUAUGUCUAGGCUGGUGCUGUUACAGCGCUUAAAUUUGUCUGGAUUGUGCCAUGCAUGUUUUGACUAUGGGGCAAUCCAUAUUAAAACACACAUAAACAUCCUAUAUAUUCCUUUUCUCUAAGAAGCAUCAUUGUUCUGGGAGUUCCACAAGGCAUGUAUACAUGUCACAUAUUGCUUACAACUAAAAAAUAUAUUUCCAUUCUAAAAAAUAUAGGCCCCUCACUUUACAAUAAACUAUCCAGUUAUGACUCAUUAGGGAAACGAAGAGGCAAAAUUGAAAUGAAAUGAAAUAAAGAUUUCUGACCAGAAAAGAGGCAUUUCUGAGAUGCAAGACGCUUAAGAUUCUAUUUGUGGGCAGCUAAAGAUGUAAUUUAAAACACAGUGAGAAGCUCUGAAAUAUCCUCCCUUGUAUUACCCCAUAAGUAAAAUUUCAAUGUGUUUUUUUUCCUUAAGGAAAGGAAAUUGUAUGGACCAGAGAUGCAUCUGAGGAAUGCAGUCAGAUGUUUAACUGAAAUGCACAGGUGCUGUUAA